UAGAAUAUUAACGAUGUCACAAGCAUCACUGCCUGGACCAUGAUAUUCUUCAUCGCAGUAGCAGCUUUUUGUAUAGCUGGAGGAAGCUCCGCUACAAACCUUGCCCUGAACAGGUCAGUGACCCAGAGCAGCUAUUGGUCAGUCUUCAAUGGAGGUCGGGCUGUUGACGGAGACACAAACGGCAACUUUGAUGAGGGGAAAUCUUGUUUCCUCUCCGCCGACGACGACGAUGAACCCUGGUGGAUGGUGGACCUUGGUCAAGCGUUCCCUGUCGCAUCAGUGACCAUCUACAACAGAGCCGACUGCUGUGGGUCAAGGUUAAAUAAUCUGGAGAUCCGAGUAUACUCUGAGAAUCCCGGAAAUGACACCUCCACAGAAGGUCAGCUGUGCGGCGAGGUCACUGAACCUCAACCAAAUGGCGCUGUGAAGGUCAUCAACUGCCCAGCGGGGGUUAAAGGCCAGUUCGUCCGCAUUGUCAAGGACGGUGAACUUAUGAGCUUCUGUGAGGUCACAAUUGAAGCCAAGGAGCCCAGAGUGUGUCCAAGGGGGUUCAACAAUGUUGAAGAUCGGUGCCUGGCCUUCUCCACCACCUACGCAACUUUCGCGGAGGCUAUCACCUACUGCGAGAUGCUGGACUCCAACCUCCUUAUGAUCAAGACUGAGGACUUCGACAACGCCAUCGCAGCCUACAUCGCCGGCAACGAACUGGGCGGCCACAACUACUACGUUGGCGCCAGCGACAUGGAGGACGACGAUGUGUACCACUGGGUUGACGGCAGCUUGGUUGUAUCCCCGUGGCACCCAGCCGGCCCCCGCGCCACUCUGCUCCCGGGGCAGACGCAGGAGUCUGGGUGUGGCUAUCUCAACACCACCAGCACAUACAAUUGGGAAGCAAUGCCUUGCAGCGAGCCUAACUUCUUUAUCUGUCAACAGUGAUUUGUGGAAAAUGUGUACACUGUCGCGGACUUAACAUAUAUCGUGCGCAAAGGUGAAUUUCAUGCCUCACCUGUGUUCACCUGUGUAUGAAAAUUUGUUUGCUGUUUAAUAAAUACAUCCGCUGAAAA